CUUCGGCUUGCUCUGUAGCAACAAUGGCCACUAUCUGUCAGAUAUGGAGACCGGACCGAGGACGGUGCUUAAAAACCCACGGAAUAAUUACGCUGUUGUUUAUGGACCUGGCCUUACAAUGUGUAAACGGGUACCUGAGCUCUCCUCAUGUUGGCCAUGACCCCCCCCCCUACACGAGAGAUGCCCAGCAUGGACCUGCCAUCACCAGCCCAGUGGUCCCUGCUGCAUCCUCAGAGUCUCCAGCAGAUGAAGAGAACUACACCUCCAAGUGUCCUAGUGGGGGUUUGUGUAGUCGCCUGCCAGCUGACUGCAUUCACUGCAAUUACCAAUACAACUGCACGUACGGGAAACCAGCAGACUUCAUGUGUAAACCCAAAAAAGGGGUUCAUUGUAUAGGACAGUCAGGACAACAGCAAACCAACUUCUCUCUCUCCAUCAUCUGUCAGUUCUGCUGGCAGCUGGAUCCGUCCCAGUACCGCUGCUCAAACUCCACCAACUGUAUGACAGUGUCCUGCCCACGCAAGCGCUACAACGCCACCUGUGACGUGUUAGACCAUGUACAUUGUUUAGGUAAAAGACGUUUUCUGAAACGCUUAUUUUGUGACUGGACAGGAGGAUACAAAUGGUCAACAGCAUUAGCACUCAGCGUCACACUUGGUGGUUUUGGUGCAGAUCGGUUUUAUCUGGGCCAGUGGAGAGAGGGUCUGGGCAAACUGUUCAGCUUUGGAGGUCUGGGUAUUUGGACUUUGAUUGAUGUUCUUCUGAUUGGUGUUGGUUAUGUGGGACCUGCUGACGGAUCUCUUUACAUCUGAAGCAAAGCUCUGGGGACAUGGCUGGAUGGUUUGUGCCCUCUUCCGCUUCACUCUCGCAGAUUGAAGAUCUGAGAUGCUGUGUUCUUAGCACGUUUGCCUCCCCGAGCUCGCUGUGCAACACGUCCUCAUCCCAUCUGCUAACAGGCAGGAAGUGUUUUCCUCAUCACACCAACGAUGACUCUACCCACACAACCAUCAGAUCAAUCCCGAUCAUUCUGCGUCCGUCUCCUGUUGAGAUUCUCCAGAUGGAGCUGUACAGGGGGAUGAGGAGCUGGUAAUUAUCUCUAUCUGGUUGGUUCAACUUAACUGGUGGUUAGGCGCUGUCAUUCUGAUGUGUAGAUAGGCUUUGGUUUCCUGUGGAGCCGUUCUUUCACAGACAUCCUGUCACCUUGGAGCUGCUUGUUGCUCCUCCCUUAUUGCAAGGUGAAUGCAUCAAUGGGAAAUGGGGGGGGGGUCAUAUGGUAACCAUGGUUAUAGAGCUUUUUAUGGUCACACCAGGCACAGUAGACGAGCUAAAGUGUAAUAUUUAUGUCCUGAAAGAAAGCAGGAAUUUGCAGAAGGGAAUACAUUCAUGUGUUUUUACUGACAAGAGAAAGUUGCUCCUGUGGAUGAUUUUGACAGUUAUUUUGCAUGUGCUAUGUUUAUCCUCUACUGAGUCAGCAGUUCAGACCACAAUUAAGUGAGAAAGCUCCACUAAGGGCUGGAUAGAUAAAACCCUGGCCUUUCAGAAGUCCUAUAAUUACUUUCAUCACCUACAGCAACACGUAGUCUGGUUUUUGGGAAAUGCACAGAUAACAAUCUCAAACUGCAUAUGUUUGUACAUAAUUAAUACUGAAACACUUCAGAUGUGUUGCACUAGCAAACUGCAGUUACUUGUGGUUUCUUGUGUUGAUUGUGGCGAUACCCUGUGCAUUCAACCGGUAUUUUUCCUCAAGCUCAUGAUCAUACUUCACACUGCAGAAAGAAAAAAAAAAAAAAGUUCUCUCUCUUACCAGCACUGUAAAAAUCUUUGCUUGUGACUGUGUGGCACAAAU